AUGGAGUCGUUAAUUCAAGCAAUUAAUAAACUACAAGAUGUGUUUGCUGUGGUCAAAGAUCAUUCAAUUGAUUUACCUCAGAUUGUUGUUGUCGGGUCCCAAAGCUCUGGUAAGAGUUCAGUUCUCGAGAGUUUGGUGGGCAAAUCAUUUUUGCCACGAGGAACAGGCAUUGUAACUCGCGCUCCUUUAAUUCUACAAAUGGUAAAGUAUACUAACGAUGAUAUGAAAUCCAUGUUGGACCUAACCAAUAAUGAAAACAUAACAGAAUGGGCUUGUUUUUCGCAUAUUGAAAACACUGUGUUUCAUGAUUUUGAUGAAGUAAGGGAAGAAAUAGAGAAACGAACAGAUGUUUUGGCUGGUGAAAAUAAGGGAAUUACCGACAAACCUAUAGUGUUAAAAGUGUAUACAUCCUCGUACACUCUAACGUUUGUUGAUUUGCCUGGAAUCACUAAAUUACCCGUUGGUAAUCAACCAGCAGACAUUGAAGAACAAAUUCAACAACUGAUAGUAAAACAUGUCCGACAGCCAAACGCUAUAAUCUUAGCCGUGGUCACUGCCAAUACAGAUCCUGCAACCUCGGAAAGUCUGAAAAUAGCCAAACAAUGGGAUCCUGAAGGUGCAAGGACAAUUGCCGUGGUCACCAAGUUGGAUAUUAUUGAUAAAGGCACCAAGAGCGAUAUAGUUGAUCUUCUUUGUGGCAAAAUAAUUCCGGUAAAACUUGGUAUUAUUGGUGUGGUUAAUAGGUCUCAAAAAGAUAUUGACCAGAACAAGACAUUGGACGAGACCCUAAAUAAUGAAACAGAGUUUUUUAGAACUAAUUAUCCAGAAAUUUGUAAAAUGCAUGGAAACAAAGUGUUGGCUAAUACAUUACAGGAUAUAUUAAUAAAACAUAUUAAAAUAACCAUUCCAACCUUGUACAAAAACUUAGAAGAUACCAAAACAAAACUUGAAAGUGAAUUAAAAACAUUGAAAACACCCGAUUGCGAAAAAACAUUUGUACUAGAAUUAUUAAAUGACAUUAACAAAUCAUACUGCGAAACCGUAACGGGAGACAGAAAGGAUGCAUCUAAUGAAACGUUAAUGGGUGGUGCAAAAAUUGUAAAUGUUAUACAAGAUAACUUUACUAAAAAAUUCAUGGCGGUGAAUCCGUUGUAUAAUUUGAGUGAUAAACAAAUAGAAAAUUAUUUAUUAAAUACUUCUGGAAUUAAAAAAAGUUCACUAGUGAAUCACAAGGCAUUGGAAAUCAUGGUGAGCAAACAAUUGGAAUAUCUCAUUGAACCAGCAUUAUCAUUUGUGGACGUUGUGCGUGAAGAGAUGUUCAACAUUCUUGAUUCAAUUGACCAAAAAUUGUUGAAUGAACUUCAAAGAUUUCCAGAACUAAAUAAUAAUGUAAGAAGCACCCUGGACAACUUGCUGGAGAUGAAGUUGAAAAAUAUUAAAAAGUCUAUAAAGUCUCACAUUAAAACACAUCAGAAAUUCUUAAAUACAACGAACCCCAAUUACCUUUUGCAAUUGGUUAAUUCAUCAAUAGAGUGCUCUUCAUCUUUUAUAAAUAGUAAAAAUACAUAUUAUAAUAACUUAAGAACUGCAAAUUCAACUUUCUUCAGUUCAGAACAGACAUAUUCUGUAAUCGAUAACAUAGAGAGAGAAAUUGUAAGUAAAAUGUACAAAGAUAUAUUAUCUAGUCUAGGUGGUUUAAAUGAUUAUAAAAAUGAAAUCAAUGUACAAGUGAGAUUGCACAAGCAAUUUACACGUUGCUACUUCGAAUUCAUCAGGAAUACUUUAAGAGAUUUUGUACCAAACCGUAUUAACCAUAAGUUGGUUAACUUUGUUCUGAAAAAAUUUGAUAAAAAAUUGAAGGUAGAAGUGUUUAUGCCUUUUAUCGACAAUCCGUCUUCUGGUGGAAUGCUUGCUGAAAAAGAAGGUGUUGCAGACGAAAGAAAUCAAAAAGAGGAAUUGUUAAUUGCUGUUAAUAAAGCUUUUAAAAGUUUGAAAGAAAUACAAAUGCAAUAA